CGGAGCCCCCAGCCCGGCACCUCCCCCGCCCCGCACUGGCCAUUGGCUUGUCCUGGUCUCUUUUUCAUGUCCAGCCCCUGAUGUGUGUCCAUUGGUGUGAGCUUCCCCUUCCCUCCUCCCCUUCUCUCCUGCUCGCCCUGCCCAUGUUUUGUGUGUCUCUGUCCAUCCAGACUCCUGACGUUCAAGUUCGCAGGGACGUCACGUCCGCACUUGAACUUGCAGCUCAGGGGGGCUUUUGCCAUUUUUUUCAUCUCUCUCUCUCUCUCUCCCCCUCUAUCUCUCCUCUCUCUCUCUUUUUUUUUUUUUUUGGUUAAAAAAAAAAAAAAACCAUGACGGCUCUCCCACAAUUCAUCUUCCCUGCGCCAUCUUUGUAUUAUUUCUAAUUUAUUUUGGAUGUCAAAAGGCACUGAUGAAGAUAUUUUCUCUGGAGUCUCCUUCUUUCUAACCCGGCUCUCCCGAUGUGAACCGAGCCGUCGUCCGCCCGCCGCCGCCGCCGCCGCCUCCCGCCCGCCCCGCAGCCCACCAUGUCUCGCCGCAAGCAAGGCAAACCCCAGCACUUAAGCAAACGGGAAUUCUCGCCCGAGCCUCUUGAAGCCAUUCUUACAGAUGAUGAACCGGACCACGGACCUUUGGGAGCCCCAGAAGGGGACCACGACCUCCUCACGUGUGGGCAGUGCCAGAUGAACUUCCCGUUGGGGGACAUUCUCAUUUUUAUCGAGCACAAACGGAAACAAUGCAAUGGCAGCCUCUGCUUAGAAAAAGCUGUGGAUAAGCCACCUUCCCCUUCACCAAUCGAGAUGAAAAAAGCAUCCAAUCCCGUGGAGGUUGGCAUCCAGGUCACGCCAGAGGAUGACGAUUGUUUAUCAACGUCAUCUAGAGGAAUUUGCCCCAAACAGGAACACAUAGCAGGUAAAGAUGAGCCCAGCAGCUACACAUGUACAACUUGCAAACAGCCAUUCACCAGUGCAUGGUUUCUCUUGCAACACGCACAGAACACUCAUGGAUUAAGAAUCUACUUAGAAAGCGAACACGGAAGUCCCCUGACCCCGCGGGUUGGUAUCCCUUCAGGACUAGGUGCAGAAUGUCCUUCCCAGCCACCUCUCCAUGGGAUUCAUAUUGCAGACAAUAACCCCUUUAACCUGCUAAGAAUACCAGGAUCAGUAUCCAGAGAGGCUUCCGGCCUGGCAGAAGGGCGCUUUCCACCCACUCCCCCCCUGUUUAGUCCACCACCGAGACAUCACUUGGACCCCCACCGCAUAGAGCGCCUGGGGGCGGAAGAGAUGGCCCUGGCCACCCAUCACCCGAGUGCCUUUGACAGGGUGCUGCGGUUGAAUCCAAUGGCUAUGGAGCCUCCCGCCAUGGAUUUCUCUAGGAGACUUAGAGAGCUGGCAGGGAACACGUCUAGCCCACCGCUGUCCCCCGGCCGGCCCAGCCCUAUGCAAAGGUUACUGCAACCAUUCCAGCCAGGUAGCAAGCCGCCCUUCCUGGCGACGCCCCCCCUCCCUCCUCUGCAAUCCGCCCCUCCUCCCUCCCAGCCCCCGGUCAAGUCCAAGUCGUGUGAGUUCUGCGGCAAGACGUUCAAAUUUCAGAGCAACCUGGUGGUGCACCGGCGCAGCCACACGGGCGAGAAGCCCUACAAGUGCAACCUGUGCGACCACGCAUGCACGCAGGCCAGCAAGCUGAAGCGCCACAUGAAGACGCACAUGCACAAGUCGUCCCCCAUGACGGUCAAGUCGGACGACGGCCUCUCCACCGCCAGCUCCCCGGAACCGGGCACCAGCGACCUGGUGGGCAGCGCCAGCAGCGCGCUCAAGUCCGUGGUGGCCAAGUUCAAGAGCGAGAACGACCCCAACCUGAUCCCGGAGAACGGGGACGAGGAGGACGAGGAGGACGACGAGGAAGAGGAGGAAGAGGAGGAAGAGGAGGAGGAGGAGCUGACGGAGAGCGAGAGGGUGGACUACGGCUUCGGGCUGAGCCUGGAGGCGGCGCGCCACCACGAGAACAGCUCGCGGGGCGCGGUGGUGGGCGUGGGCGACGAGGGCCGCCCCCUGCCGGACGUCAUGCAGGGCAUGGUGCUCAGCUCCAUGCAGCACUUCAGCGAGGCCUUCCACCAGGUCCUGGGCGAGAAGCAUAAACGCGGCCACCUGGCCGAGGCCGAGGGCCACAGGGACACUUGCGACGAAGACUCGGUGGCCGGCGAGUCGGACCGCAUAGACGAUGGCACUGUUAACGGCCGCGGCUGCUCCCCGGGUGAGUCGGCCUCGGGGGGUCUGUCCAAAAAGCUGCUGCUGGGCAGCCCCAGCUCGCUGAGCCCCUUCUCCAAGCGCAUCAAGCUCGAGAAGGAGUUCGACCUGCCUCCCGCCGCGAUGCCCAACACGGAGAACGUGUACUCGCAGUGGCUCGCCGGCUACGCAGCCUCCAGGCAGCUCAAAGAUCCCUUCCUGAGCUUCGGAGACUCCAGACAAUCGCCUUUCGCCUCCUCAUCGGAGCACUCCUCGGAGAACGGGAGCUUGCGCUUCUCCACGCCGCCCGGGGAGCUGGACGGAGGGAUCUCGGGGCGCAGCGGCACGGGAAGUGGAGGGAGCACGCCCCAUAUUAGUGGUCCGGGCCCGGGCAGGCCCAGCUCAAAAGAGGGCAGACGCAGCGACACUUGUGAGUACUGUGGGAAAGUCUUCAAGAACUGUAGCAAUCUCACUGUCCACAGGAGAAGCCACACGGGCGAAAGGCCUUAUAAGUGCGAGCUGUGCAACUAUGCCUGCGCCCAGAGUAGCAAGCUCACCAGGCACAUGAAAACGCAUGGCCAGGUUCUUCACACACCCCCAUUCGGCGUAGUGCCCAGAGAGCUCAAGAUGUGUGGCAGUUUUCGGAUGGAAGCUCGAGAACCCUUAAGUUCUGAGAAAAUUUGAACCCCCAGGGGCGGGGUGGACGUGAGCCGCCCAGCCGACAUCUGCGUGGUCUGUCAUCCUGCUAGUUUGUGAUGUUUUCUGACAGUAGCCUCCAAGAAGCCGUUGUGCGAAGACAGAGUCCUGCAGUGUCCUUCCUGCCCGGGCCUGCAGUGUCAUUUUAUUUAUAUUUUUUAAUAAAAAGUAAAAACAAAAAAACAGACCCACAUUGGAACAGUGAAUCAGUCCCCUAGAGAGGGUCUGUGGACCACCGCUGCCCCUCCGAGACCAGCCAACCCAAUUCCCUGUCUUGUGGAAAUGAGCAUGAGUUCCCCAAACCCCUUGUUUCUAUACAUUCUAUGUUGUCUUUUAAGAAGUGUGCUUAACAUUGACACAAUAAAUGUUGGAGCUUUA